CCGUUCUCUGCCCCCCCGGCUUCGGGCUCCGGCCAUGGACCCGGCGGAUCCGGCUUUCCCCGGCGCCGCUCCACGCCUCCUUUCGGUGAGGUGACCAUCCUGGCUGCUAGAGUAAGUGCCAGCCUGGCUGAGUGACAGAGACAGCCUUCUAGGGCUUCUCUCACUUGCAGGGACUGAUGUCAUCAGACACCAUGGAGCAGCCAGCUGAGAGCCCUGGAAAGCAGAGGCCAGGAGAGAGUGGUACCAGUGGCAUGGAGCCAGGCACCUGCCAGGAGCUCCUACACCGACUGCGGGAGCUAGAGGCAGAGAAUAUGGCUCUUGCCCAGGCCAAUGAAAACCAGAGGGAAACCUAUGAGCGCUGCCUGGAUGAGGUUGCCAACCAUGUGGUACAAGCACUCUUGAAUCAAAAGGAUCUGCGGGAAGAGUGCAUCAAGCUGAAGAAGAGGGUAUACGAUCUGGAACGGCAGAACCAGUUGCUGAGCGCCCUGUUUCAGCAGAAACUCCAGCUGACAACAGGCUCUCUCCCUCAGAUCCCAUUGGCCCCACCUCAACCGCCAUCAGAGCCCCCCACCCCUCUCUCCUUGAGUGCCGAGGGACCGGCAACCGUGCUGCCUCUGGGACGCUGUGCUGGACAGAGAGAGGUGUGCUGGGAGCAGCAGCUGCGGACAGGAGGUCCUGGCCUGCCGGCUGCCCCACCUCUGGCACUCGACGCCCUCUCUCCAUUCCUACGGAAGAAGGCGCAGAUCUUGGAGGUGCUGCGAGCCCUGGAGGAGACAGACCCAUUGCUUCUAUGCUCAUCUGCUGCACCCUGGCGACCUCCAGGGGAGGCUCCUGGCUCCCCAGAACCCAUCAAUGGCGAGCUGUGUGGCCCACCCCAGCCUGAACCAUCCCCCUGGGCUCCCUACCUGUUCCUGGGCUCUGGCAGCCUGGGGGACUUGCUACACUGGGAACACCUCUUGGGGAGUCUUGGAGAAGAGGAGGGGACAGGGUGGCCCUGGAACCCCGGUAGGAGCACCACAGAGGCCCAGGGACCUCCCUGUGCCCCAGGCAGUAGCUCAUCCUCCUCUUCCGAUGAGGCUGGUGACCCCAAUGAGGCUCCUAGUCCUGACACUCUGCAUGGGGCCCUGGCCCACAAGCAGCUGAACCUGGGCCAGAUCCUUGAGGACACAGAGUCUUACCUGCAGGCCUUCCUAGCAGGGGCCACAGGCCCGCUCAGUGGGGACCAUCUAGGCCCUGGACAGCCAUCUUCCCCAGACCAGGCCCCCCCACAACUGUCCAAGUCCAAAAUCCUCCCCAAGUCAUCUUGGGUUGGGGGUACCACAGAAGCUCACAGGCCAGGCUUUGGUGCUACCUCAGAGGGCCAGGGACCCCUUCCUUUCCUCAGCAUGUUUAUGGGUGCAGGAGAUGCCCCCCUGGGCUCACGGCCUGGCCACCCCCACUCCUCAUCUCAGGUGAAAAGCAAGCUCCAAAUUGGCCCCCCUUCUCCUGCAGAAGGCCAGGGACCCCUUCUGCCCUCUCUAGCCAGAGGUCUCAAGUUUCUAAAGCUGCCUCCAGCUUCAGAAAAGAUCCCCAGCCCUGGAGGUCCUCCACUCAGCCCCCAGCUCCCCCGGAAUUCUCGAAUCCCCUGUCGGAACAAUGGCUCAGAUGGCAGCCCCUCCCCUCUGUUGGCACGCAGAGGUCUAGGUGGGGGGGAGCUGUCCCCAGAGGGGCCACAAGGCCUGCCUAGCAGUCCCUCAUCCUGUGCCAUGCCCUCUGACCCUGACCCGCUCAGACCUCCCCUGCCAGCCUUGUCUACAUCUUUGUCCCUAGGCCCCAGCGGCAUGUCUGCCUGCUAUGAGACUGUCCUGGACCUUUCCCAGGAGCCUUCCCCAGAGCCGCCUCCAUCCCCACAGGUGCCCACCUAUCCACAACUCACUUUGGAGGUGUCCCAGACCCCAGAGGUCCUCAGAAGCCCAGGACCUCCCCCCAGCCCUUGUCUCCCAGAAUCUUGCCCCUAUGGGGGUGCCCAGGAAAAGAGUUUGGACAAAGCAGGCUCAGAGUCACCCCAUCCUGGCCGUAGGACUCCAGGCAGCUCCUCCAAAAAGCCCAGCCAGGGAGCAGGGCGACGGCCUGUGAACACUGGUCUCAUGCCCCUGCAAGACAGACUGACUGUACUGGGGAAACUGAAGACUGGCCCUGAGGGGCCAGAGAAGAACGGGGUGUCAGCCAGGCCUGGUUCUGAGAAGGGCCGGGGAAUGGGGAAGUCAGGGGAAAGCACUUGUGACCCUGUACUCCCCACCUCUCGACAUCCUGAGCAACCUGAGGUCAAAGGCCUGAGGGGGACAGUGGCCUUAGGUACAAACAGCCUGAAACAGCAGGAACUGGGGCUCCUGGCAGAGUCUGGGUCCCGAGUAUACUCCUCCCACUCCAUGGGUGCCCGGGUGGACCUGGAGCCUAUCUCACCAAGAAGCUGCCUCACCAAAGUGGAGCUGGCCAAGAGCCGGCUGGCAGGUGCCCUGUGUCCCCAGGUACCCCGCAACCCUGCCAAAGUGCCAACUUCUGCCCCCAGCCUGGGCAAGCCUAAUAAGAGCCCCCAUGGCAGCCCCACAAAGCUACCUUCUAAGUCACCCACCAAGGUGGUUCCCCGGUUAGUGGCCCCAUCAGCCAUUAAGGAAGCACCUAAGCCCGACAAGGGCAAGGGGCCAUCCUGGACAGAUGGUGGUGGCCCCACAGCCCAGCCCACCUCUCCAGCCCAGGGCCCUGCUAACCCAAGCCAGGGUCCCAAUGGGCGCACCCCCCACUCUGCCAUCGAGGAGAAGGUGAUGAAGGGCAUCGAGGAGAACAUGCUGCGACUCCAGGGCCAGGAGAGGGCACCAGGCCCUGAGCCCAAACACCGUAACACCAGCAGCAUCGCCAGCUGGUUUGGCCUUAAGAAAAGCAAGCUGCCUGCACUGAACCGUCGCACGGAAACCACCAAGAGCAAAGAAGGGGCUAGUGGAGGCUCUCCACUCCGGAAAGAGGGCAAAACGGAAGCCCGGAAGCUGGAGGCCGAAAGCCUCAAUAUCUCCAAGCUGAUGGCGAAAGCAGAAGACCUGCGCCGUGCACUGGAAGAGGAGAAGGCCUACCUGAGCAGCCGGGCAAGGCCCCGGCCCGGAGCACCCAGUGCCGGGCUGGGCCAAGUGCAGGGCCAGCUGGCUGGCAUGUAUCAGGGUGCUGACACCUUCAUGCAGCAGCUGCUCAACAGGGUGGAUGGCAAGGAGCUGCCACCCAAGAGCUGGAGGGAGCCCAAAGCUGACUAUAGCGACUUUCAGCCUCUGUCCUCUGAUCCCAAGAGCCCCUGGCCAGCCUGUGGGCCUCGGAAUGGCCUGGUGGGGCCCCUUCAAGGCUGUGGAAAACCUGGAAAGCCGAACAGCGAGCCAGGCAGGCGGGAAGAUGUGCCCUCAGAGGACAGUCUGGCUGACCCAGUGCCCACCUCACACUUCACAGCCUGCGGAUCCCUGACUCGAACCCUGGACAGCGGCAUCGGGACCUUUCCUCCCCCAGACCAUGGUGGCAGCGGGACACCCAGCAAGAAUCUCCCUAAGUCCAAACCACCGCGGCUAGAUCCCCCACCUGGGGUUCCUCCUGGCCGUCCCCCACCUAUCACCAAAGUCCCUCGCCGUGCCCACACACUGGAACGUGAGGUGCCAGGCUUAGAAGAACUACUGGUGAGCGGGAGGCACCCCAAUAUGCCAGCCUUCCCUGUGCUGCUCACGAGCACCCCGGGCCACCAUGGCCACCAGGCUUGCCCUCAUGAUCCCUGUGAAGACACCAGCCCUCCGCCUCCUGUUCAGCUGGCCAAAAACUGGACCUUCCCCAAUGCGAGGGCAGCAGGGGGCUCCUCUGACCCUUUCCUUUGUCCAUCCCGGCAACUGGAGGGACUUCCCAGGACCCCCAUGGCCUUGCCUGUGGACCAGAAGCGGAGUGUGGAACCCAGCCACCCAACCCCCACGCCUCAGGGCCCAGCGUUUGGGGGCAGCCGCACCCCCAGCACAUCAGAUGUGGGCGAGGAAGGCAGAGUGGCCAGCGGAGGGGCCGCUGGGCUGGAGACCUCAGAAUCCCUAAGUGACUCACUCUAUGACUCACUCUCUUCCUGUGGGAGUCAGGGCUAGAGGCUGUGCCCACCACCAACCCGCUCAAGUUGGAAAUCACAGGCCGGAUCAGCUUGUGGGGCCCGACUGAAGGGACCAAGAAGGCUUGUAGAUAGAGGGUAAAGGGUUUCACCCUCACCCUGGGGCUGCUGCUGUAAAAAUCUAACUCUCAGCUCAGGGACAGACCCACCCUUGGUCCCUUCUCCCCAGGGUCAGGCUCUUCCAAGGGGGCUCUCAACUGCUCAGUUCCCCUUCUUGAGUGCUGGGUGCCCUGUCUGCAACCAUGCCAUCUCUGCACCCACCUGCUCUCAUCCCCAAGCCCCACGGGACCAGUCCAGAGGUCUCAUGCUGGAGUUUUGGGGAGAUGGGCCAAGUUGCCUUCUCUGUGUGCCCUGAUCUCCCUGCUGUCUGAAUGGUGCUGCCCCCUCCCUCCCCAGGUCUCUGGGGUUCAUUUGUCAUUUUUGUUUUUUGUUUUUGUUUUGUUUUUAAUAUUAAAAUGCCUGGUCUGAUCACCAA